UCGCAGCGCUCACCCCUAUCAGCCUCUCCAAGCCCCACAUUGCAAGUUCUCUCCUUGAAUAUAACUCCUGAUCUUCCUUCCUACAGUCCUCCUCGCACGGGGGCAAGGAACUGAAGCUCCCUCUUUCCCACACUCGGCUUACCAGUAAAUUCUAAAAUCUCUUUUCCUUCUAGAGCGCACGCAGAUGGAUUAUCACCACGAAGUAUAUAAGAUCUCAGAAUUCAGCAGCGAUGUUAAUGGGGAGGCCAAAGAGACACAACCCAUUUUUUUAGGAGAUGAAAGCAUGGAAAUUAAAAAACAAAUUACAGGAAUGAGAAGAUUACUGAAUGACAGCACUGGGAGGACGUAUCAGCGUGUGGGCAAGGAGGGGGAGAAGCUGAAAGAAGAACCCCAGGAUUUGGGUUCAGUCUGGCCCCCGCGCCUGAACUCCGCCGAGGCCCCGCAGAGCCUCCACCCGCCUUCCCGUGGUGCCUGGAAUGAGUUACCGCCCCAGAGCGGGCACUUCUCAGGGCAGUACGGCACCCGCUCUAGAACCUUCCAGAGCCAGCCCCACACCACAGGGAGCGCCAACGGAGAGCUUCCAGCCAUGAAUCCGUCAGUGGGGCCGAGCUGCUGCACUUGUAACUGCCAGUCAACGUUGCAGGCCAUUCUCCAGGAGCUCAAGACCAUGCGCAAGUUAAUGCAGAUCCAGGCAGUUGGAACCCCAAACCGACAACAACCCCCACUUUCCCUUAUCUGCUCCCAGCGAACUGCUGUCUCACGCAAGAGAAAUAAAAAGAAAAAAGUGGCCCCCAAGACCGCUGAACCUCUCACUGUGAAACAGAAGCCCGGUGUGUUAGAAUCCGAGAAGAAGACGACAGUGGCCGCCGAGAAUCCCGGUCUCCCCGCAACCGAGCACACGCCCUCCGGGGAGAACCACAUCCUAGGGUUCGGCAUCAUUGUCGAAUCACCUUCCUCCGAUCCAGAAGUGCAGCUUGCUGAAGGCUUCGACGUGUUCAUGCCUAAAUCUCAGCUGGACUCAAUAUUGUCAAACUACACUCGCUCAGGGAGCCUUCUGUUUAGAAAACUGGUGUGUGCGUUUUUUGAUGACAAGACUUUGGCUAACUCCUUACCCAAUGGGAAGAGGAAAAGAGGACUCAAUGACAACCGGAAAGGACUAGACCAAAAUAUUGUGGGUGCAAUAAAAGUCUUCACAGAAAAAUACUGCACUGCUAAUCACGUGGACAAACUUCCUGGCCCGAGAGACUGGGUACAGAUUCUACAGGAUCAAAUCAAACUGGCUAGAAGAAGGUUAAAAAGAGGCUCAGCAGAGGCGGCUGACGGUGAUGAAAGGCUGGAUGGCGUUUCUCUACCACCAACAGGUAAAACAUAUUUACAUUCUCAUCACCCGCUGGAAAAUGCAGCACGUGAAAAUAUUUGCAUUAAAAAUGUUUCUAACAGCAGAGAUGCAGACGCUUCUGUAAGAGAACCAGCCCCGGUAAUCAGAGGUGCUCGCUGUCCUGCGUGCAGAGAGAUUUUUCACAUUGAAUAUGAAAAGCUACAGUUUUCUCACAUUCUGUUUCAUCUUCUUGAAAACCUCAGAACAGCAGGUCUUGAGAACUUAGUGUUACAGCAGUUCACCUCCCCAAACCUUCGGACAUUAAAAAAAUAUACUUUACCAGGAAAGGACAUCUCUGUUUAGAUUAGUGAUCAUCAGUUUUAUGAUGAAAUUCACGUUUGUUCUGUCCUCUCCUGCCUCCCCCUAAAAGGCUUUGAGAGGCAGAGUCAGUCAUAGCCUUCACACAAUGGGCACCCAGUGAAUACUGUUUUAGGUGAGCAAGUGACUAAGCCCACGUCUAGCGGAGGGGCACUGGGACCCGACCAGCUGUGUGCAGUGUUGCACCCCAAGCAUCUGCUGCAGUGUUAAGCCACAGACUUAAAUCUGAUUUCUUAUUAUUUGACUCUCAAGUAAUACUUCUGACCCUGGCCUCCUACCUCUGUGUGGGUUCACACCUGAGAGCCCUAGAGACAGGUGUCCGAUCAGUGACAUGUGACUAAGAGUUUAUUCCCUCAGUUGGUCUCAAGACUCUCUAUUGACUGCCCUCAAAAUACCCGAAGAUUCUCUCACAACAAAACCCAGACCACCCCCCGCCCCCCCAAAAAACCCUGUAAAUGAAAAUCUCAACUCAGCGUAUUCUCUGCAUUUGGGGUGGUAAGUUUUGAAUUAAAUCCAGCAAGUAUUAAGGGAGUAGCUUUCUGUGCAGGAACUCUGCCAGGUCAAGUGUUCACUGAUGGCACUUAUCCUGAGUUCACAGUGUACCAUGGGUGGACGUCAGUGAACUCCGGAGCCACCAGGAAACCCAGCCGUGCAAAUACGGUGCUUUCUCUGCCACUGAGUAGCUCCACAGCAGAUUGGACCAGUAAAUGAAAUGGGCCGCAGAGGGCAAAAUAGCCCGCUUCUGUCAGGUUCUUACUGUAUACAGUCCUUACGGAAAUUACAGGAAAGGCAGAUUUCUCUUCUUGUUUGGCUAUGUUUCCAAAUUUAUGAAUUGAGAGAGUUGAAAUGCAUGAUCUCUAUUGUUCCUUCCCAACCUGCCCUCCUCUGAAUAUCCGGACAACUCAUACUAGCCAUGCUCUUAUGUAGCUGCUCGAAGCCCUGCCACUGAUGAUGAAACGGUGCCUUCCAGGAGGCCCUCUGGGGGAGUGCAGAGCUGUCCUAGCUGGUGAUAGGACCCCGUUCCUCCCCCGCCGGCCCCAUUGACCCCAGUCCAUUUGCACUGCCAGUCCAUUUGCACUGCCAGUCCUGGCUAUCAUCUGACACAGCUGCCUUAUUUAAAAAGUAUUAUUAUUCAAAAACCAUUCCCCUUGAAAUAACACCUUUGCAUUUUCCUGUCUGAAGAUGGAGGAAGAGAGAUGUUUCAGAUGAGAAAACUGAACACGGGAUGGUAGAACCACCUCGUGGAUCUGAACAGAAUUUCAAGGACUCUGAGAGAGAAGGAAAUUUAGAGAUCAUCUAAUCCCAUCCCUGCUUUUUUAUCCAGUCCUUUUAUUUUACAGGUAAAAAAGCCUGAGGCCCAGAAACACAAAAUGACUUUCUCAAGUUCUCACAGCUGGUUGGUGGCCUGGCCGGAGCCGAGGCCUCUCAACUCCCAGCCAUCCUACCACGUAGCUUUCUCGUACCUUCUCUGCAUGUUUCCUACAGAUCCGAGGAGUUGAUGGAUGUACUAACCCCUUUAGGAUUCCAUUUCAGUGUCCUCCCCCACCGCCUUCACAGUUCAGUGUCUGUCGUAAGUCAACCUGAAGCCGCUUGGCUCCCGGAGUCCUUCCCCAUAUCGUACCCAAGGCCGUGAGGUCCUGGCAGAGACGGUGGUAGGACACCCCUGCAGGUCUUUUCGCUAGACUCUCGCUAGAUAUUUGAUGCACAUCACUAAACAGCAUGAUAAAUAAUACCACUUAUCAUUUUGUAAAGGGGAAAAGAUGUCACGGACUAGGGUCCAAAUUUUGCAGUAAUGGAAUUAAAUCAUCUUGAUUAGACUAGCUGUCUCCCGAGUGCCUCUCAAGUAAAAUCUCAGUCUGGGGGCUGCUUUGAAUACAGCUAACGGCCGACUCCCUCCUCCUUCCGUGGGUCCUGAUGAGAGCACCCGAGAGAGGAAUCCCCCCUUUUCUGUACAUGCAAUUUCAUCCCUGGAUUCGAGACCCACUGGCCAGACCUUCCUCAUCCAGUCUGUCCAAGCCAGCAACACUUGGUCCUUUUUACAGAUUUAACAAUGCCUCUGUUAUCUCUUUAAGGUCUUUUUUCUCCUUCCAAAUUUGAGUGUGUCGGGGAGGGGCAGGGCAGGGGUAUAAAUCCCUGUGUUUCUGCAGACCAGAACCACCAGAACCAACCAGGUCAAGGUCACAAUCAGGCAUCCAUUGAUAUGAUCUCAAUCCAUUGCACUCAAGCAACUUUCUGUUGGUCUCGUUUUAACAAAAUGGAUACAGAUUUUUAUAGUGGAAACACCUGUUGAUUUUUUUCCCUCAACCCCGUCAGCCAGCAUGUUUUGACGAUGCUAGGGAUCAGCACUAAGUUAGGUUCUGGUGAACAAACCCCACCCUGAGACCAGUGGGAAGCAGAGGCGGCCCCAGCCCAGGGGUGGAGACAGCGCUCUGGUAGGGGAGAAAGCCACCGGGAGAGGGGAACAACUUGGAAGGAAGAGGAUAGAGGCUGAAAUCGAAACGGUACUUUCUAAAAAUUUAAAAAGCAGCGUCUGAAUUUGAAACAGUGAAGAGCACACCUAGGCUCAGCAUUUUUUGUUAUCAGGUGGCAUUCUUUUGCAUCCUUUUUAAAAAUUACAGAAAAUACAGGGAAGGAGAUGUAAGCCACUUCUGCUGCCCGGGGAUAGCCGUUGCUAUCGGGUGUUUCCCAGGCUUUCCUCUGCGUGUGUUUACUUACACAAUGGAGAUCAGACCCAUACAAUUUUCUUUCCUGAGGUUUGGUUUUGUCUUACCACCUAGCAAGCAUUUUCCAUUUUAGUACAAAUCUUCACAUGCAUCAUUCUAAUAGCUGCACAAUACUCUGUUUUACAGGUAAAUCAUAUUUAUGUGGCCAUUUUCUAUUCCUGGACAAUGGAAAUGGACAUACUCUAAUACUAACCCACAUUCACGGGUUUUCUUGUAAAAAUUGUCAUUACUUUUCUAAUGGCUAAAAUUGCUCAUUUGGCACAACUGAAGCCUGGGCUGAGAAACAGUGAUUUAGAUGUGAAACACAGACACCUCCCCUAAGAGGUUCCGCAGUUAUCAGAACGCCUGCCGGUCUGACCGUGUCUUGGAAAGCAAACAACUCUUUCUUAGAGGAGCGGCCCCCUUCACUUUCUCACCUCUGUUGUAGGUUAUGUGUUUGACACCAGGGGAGAAAACACGGAAGACACAGAGACAGGUCUCACUGCCUAGACUCACACGUAGUGACAGUCUCCCUUAGCACGUGCAUCUCUUCCACUGCAAUUUCCUCUAAGGUCUGCUAGCAUUUCAGGUUACUGCCAAGUGUGGGCGCUCUGUGAGGGCGACUCGUCACGUCUGAAUAGUGUUCUUAUACUUCAUGUGAUAAUCAAGCCUCCAAUUUGGUCUAAGAUGUUUAAAAAUCAUCUUUAGAGUUGAAUUUUCACACUUUAAAUGUCCAACGUAUCAUCCGGUUAGUUCAUUGUCCAUUCCCUGGUGUUCUUCAAUGUGAAUAUAGUAUAGAGUUUUGAAGCAUAUUUAUUUUAACGUAAAUUGCUUAGAUGCUGUAUCAAGGAGUAUGGCUCUUUCUAGGACCGAAGGAGCAGUUGUGAAGACCAAAAUUAAUUAGACCUUCAUCAGCUUAGAGGAUGGAAAAGUUUCGGGAGACAGGACAGCUCUGAUCUAUUAGACGAAAUCAUUUGUGACAUCAUUUUCCUACAAAAUAAUCAUUUGUCACUCAUAAGUGUAAGUGAUACAUGAAUUCCUAGGAAAGGAAAAUCUUUCACGUAAGUUGUGUCGACAUAGUGACAAAAUAACUAAUUAAAAGGUGAGAAGCUCAAAGUAGUUAUCCACACAAUACCUGACAACUAUUUGACAGAUGGUUUUUACUGAGUGUUGUGAUGUUGUGUGGCGACUGGCCACAGAUACACAUAACAUUAUAUUAUUCAUUUGGUCCUGGUACACCUGCCUCCACUUUAUAUAAAGCCAACAGAUGAAAAUGUGGAUGCAUUUUAAAGAAAUGCUUUACCAUGUGGGUAUUUGUUUUACGGAAAUAUUUGCCUCCAGAUUCCUUUUUCUAAGAAAAUGGUGAAUUUAAAAUACCUUUUUUUAUUGGGAGGCACUGCAUUUCCACCUCAUUUAUUGUAUAAAUCAAAUUACUGUGACUCUUUGGCACUUGACCCAAAAGCCAAAAAUUGUCCAGAAGAAAUCUGAACAGUACAAACACCAAACCCCAGAGGGAAAAAAAUGCUGUGCUUGCACUUAACACAUCUCCCUAGCAUUUACCAAAUCACAGAAUGUUAAAGCUCAGAGGCAUUGUUUGGGCCCCUCAGCCCCACGCCCUUGUUUGGCGGUGAGGCCGCUGGGGAGUGAGGCCCGUGGCUGCCCAGGGCCGGGUAACAGCCCAUCAGCGGCCCGGCCAAGCCUGGAACCUAAAUUCCUUACUACCCUGUCCAAGGUACUCGUGCCACACACGUCACGCCGGACAGCUAAGCCUGAGCGAGGAGGGGGCCCUGGGAUGAAUCCGUACCCCACCGAAGCCCAGCUGAUCAACCCGAGACCAUAGGACGCAUCCCUGGACCGUGUCAAAGCUGGUUCUAGGUGUGGCUUGUGGAAUCAGUGCGGCCGCUAGACAGCUCCAUCUCAUAUCUGCCUGUCUUUUAUUUAUCUUUUUUUGAGCCUCAAGGAAGGUUCAGAUAAAUGGUUUCCAUCACACGUUUAGUUCUCCUUUUAGAUUUCAAGCCUGUUAGUAACCCCGUCCUGGAAACCAGUCCCUCUGCUCACUAAGGGGUCUGAUGAAGUACUGCGAACCCGGGCUUUUGUUUUUCUGCAACAUGUGUUUUAAAAUUUGCCUUCUGCCUCCCAGAAGGAUAUCUUUCUCAAGGGAAUUGAAAAGAUUAAUUAGUGACCUUUCAACUCUGUUACAGUAAGAUGAAUACGUUGCGAAUAAAGGUGGAAACAUUCACCUUACGGCUGUGCAUUCUGUUAAACAUACACCGGGAAGCUUCAAAGCACUUCCUGCCAAGGCUGGGCAAGAGCUUGAAUUUUUCAAUACUUGAGGAGGGGUGGGGAUCGUGCAGCGCACAGAAAAUAUGCAAUGGAUUCACACAUGGGAAAUACAUUUCAUAAAAGUGCAAAAUCAUAUUUUGUAAAUUAAAAUUGUAUUUGUGUUUACUUAACUGUGACUACUGUUCAGACUUUAUUCAGAAAUCCUUUUUAUAGGCUUUCUUAGCAAAGAAAAAUUCCAUAUCUAUGGAUAAUGUCUCAAUUUUCUGUAUAUAUGUUUUAUUAAUAUGUAAAUAUUUAGAUUUUUUAAGAUGACUAUGUUCUUUAAAAAAAAAUUCAACACAAGGCUAGCUGUGAAAAUGGUGUGUAACGUGUGUUGUGAUACCAGUUCCCAAGACGCCCUUUCUGUCCGUUCUGGAAGAAUACAAUAAAUUACUUUAAUUGGA